GCAUAAUAUCCUGCUGCUAGAAGAACGGUAAUGUAGACCCUAGGCAGCAAUCACAACAACUGGCUGCAGCAACUGGUGAAAUUAACGAUUUGUGAAGGCAGCUUGAGCAAACAUACGGUUGGAUUCCUUGAUAAAUAAUAAUUACUCAUCAUGAACGUGGGCUUUGCUCUCGUUCUCAUCUGGUCUCUCACAAUAACCAAUGUGCUUGCAGAGCUGCCUGUACCUCAGAACCUGACUCUGCUCACCCUGAACACAGAGUACCUACUAACAUGGGACUGGGACCGGGACCAGACGACCACAGGCAACACUGUUACCUUCACUGCAGAGUACAUGGGGAAGUACAAGAUGCAGAGGAAGAAGAAGAACUGGAGCCGUGUGUGUGAGAGGACCAUACAUACCCACUGUAACUUCACAGGCUCUGAUCUGCACUACCUGGGCAUGUAUGUGCUCAGGGUCCGAGCCAGUGCAGACGAACUGAACUCAGACUGGGUCCUUAAAGACUUCUGCCCCGAUAAAGACGCUGCUUUGGGCCCACCGUCCAGGGUGGAGCUGGCUCCUGUGGGGAACCUGCUGGACGUGACCAUCUCUGACCCCCUGACCAGCACCCAGGGCUCCAUGAAGGAACACGUCCUCUCCCUGUACUACCACAUCCUGUACUGGAGCCUGUCCGAUGACCCUCGGGGUCUGAAGCCUAAUGUGGUGAACUCUAUCAACAACCUGGUGACGCUGCCAGAGCUGGAGGCCUGGACGUGGUACUGUGUCAUGGUUCAGUCUCGCUACGACUACUACAACAAGACAAGUGGCUACACAGCACCCCAGUGCAUGCAGACAGAAGGUGACACCCAGUGGUGGCAGAUCGUCCUGUACUUCCUGGUCUCCCUGGUAGUAUGUUUCCUGCUGGUGCUGCUGCCCUACACCUUCUUUAGGUUCUACAAAUACACCUUCUACCCCACCAUCCAGCUGCCUGCAUACAUCCAGGAGUACCUCUGUGACUCCUCCCUCGGCUCUGAAAUGCCCAUUCUCCUCACUCCUGAGUCGGAGCUGUGCUGUGAUAAUCUGAGCGUGUACGCCGAGGUGGUGCUGCUGGAGAUCCACAUCCCUCCCUUCACAGCUCCCCCCUCAGGGCUGCAGCAUGACAGCAGCAGGCAUAGCCGCCAUGGCAGUGAAGGCAGCGGGGACUCUGGGGUCUACUCCACAGAGGGAGGCUCCGGCCAGCAGGGUUCUAGUGGUGGGGGUGAGCCAAUCAGGAGAGACAAGGAAGUGGAGAAGGUCAAGCUGGAGGAGAUGGGGGAAGAGCCUGGAGACGAAGGAGUUCCGGAUGAGGGAGUUGUGGAUGUGUGCGUCUGAGGAGAGAUGGAGAGAGCGAGAGGAGAGCUGGGUGGAAAGACCGUAGGUGAUGGUUGAAGAAUUGUAGUAGGGAAAGGAGGAGGGUCAUACAGAAUGUUCUCCGAAGUCUGUCUUUCUACCCCUCAAAGGACACUUUGAAGUUGAUGACAUCUCGCAGAUUAAAAGACACAUCUCAAAAGUAAGGGUGUAACGGUAAACGUAUUCAUACCAACUUGUUCGGUAUGGGGGACCUCUGUUCAGUCCGCACUGUGAACCCAGAUUAAAACAUAAACAAUUUUACUGUACCAGUCAAACGUUUGGCCACAUACUCAUUCCAGGGUUUUUCUUUAUUUUUACUAUUUUCUAAAUUGUAGAAUAAUACUGAAGACAUCCAAACUAUGAAAUAACAUACAUGGGAUCAUUAGUAUCCGAAAAUGUGUUAAACAAAUCAAAGUAUAUAUUUUAGAUUCUUCAAAGUAGCCACUCUUUGCCUUGAUGACAGCUUUGCACACUCUUGGCAUCCCUCUCAACCAGAUUCAUGAGAGUCACCUGGAAUGCAUUUCAAUUAACAGGUGUGCCUUGUUAAUUUGUGGAAUUCCUUUCCUUCUUAUUGUGUUUGAGCCAAUCAGUUGUGUUGUGACAAGGUAGGGGUGGUAUACAGAAGAUAGCCCUAUUUGGUAAAAGACCAAGUCCAUAUUAUGGCAAGAACAGCUCAAAUAAGCGAAGACAAACGACAGUCCAUUACUUUAAAACAUGAAGAUCAGUCAAUCCGGAAAAUGUCAAGAACUUUGAAAGUUUCUUCAAGUGCAGUCGCAAAAAGAAUCAAGCACUAUGAUGAAACCGGCUCUCAUGAGGACCGCCACAGGAAAGGAAGACCCAGAGUUACCUCUGCUGCAGAGGAUAAGUUCAUUAGAGUUAGCAGCCUCAGAAAUUUGUGCCCAAAUAAAUGCUUUAGAGUUCAAGUAAGACACAUCUCAACAUCAACUGUUCAGAGGAGACUGCGCGAAUCAGGCCUUCAUGGUUGAAUUGCUGCAAAGAAACCAUUACUAAAGGACACCACUAAUAAUAAGAGACUUGCUUGCGCCAAGAAACACGAGCAUUGGACAUUAGACCGGUGGAAAUCUGUCCUUUGGUCUGAUGAGUCCAAAUUUGAAGUUUUUGGUUCCAAACGAUGUGUCUUUGAGACAGAGAGUAGGUGAAUGGAUGAUCGCAUGUGUAGUUCCCACCGUAAAGCAUGGAGGAGGAUGUGUGAUGGUGUGGGGGUGCUUUGCUGGUGACACUGUCAGUGAUAUAUUUAGAAUUCAAGGCAAACUUUUCCAGCAUGGCUACCACAGCAUUCUGCAGUGAUACACCAUCCCAUCGGUUUGCACUUAGUGGGACUAUCAUUCAUUUUCAACAUGACAAUGACCCAAAACACACCUCCAGGCUGUGUAAGGGCUAUUUGACCAAGAAGGAGAGUGAUUGAGUGUUGUAUCAGAUGACUUGGCCUCCACAGUCACCCGACCUCAAACCAAUUGAGAUGGUUUGAGAUUAGUUGGACCGCAGAGUGAAGGAAAAGCAGCCAAAAAGUGCUCAGCAUAUGUGGGAACUCCUUCAAGACUGUUUGAAAAGCAUUUCUCAUUAAGGUUGGUUGAGAAUGCCAAGAAUAGGCAAAGGGUGGCUACUUAGAAGAAUAUAAAAUAUUUUGAUUUAACACUUGUUUGGUUACAACUUGAUUCCAUCUGUUAUUUCAUAUUGUUUAUUCUACAAUGUAAAAAUAGCUAAAAAUCAAGAAACCCUGGAAUGAGAAGGUGUGUCCAAACUUUUGACUGGUACUGUACAUGGAUAUCUCACUAGGCCUAUAGGCUACAUCUACGCUGCAUUGUAUGCCUUUUGGGUAAAUCUGAGCAACAAAAAAAACAUUUCAGGCUAUCCCGUUAAAACAACUAGAGACUACAGAAUGUGCAUGUUGUAAUUACAAUUUGAAUCUUAAUUGACGUAUUUCUAACUGUCCUUUUUGUGAGGCGCAGCCAGGAAGUAGUUCUGUCCAAUGGCGUGUGGUGGGGUCGAUAAACCAGGAGGAUUCUCCAUCACCAGUUUGGGAACAUUUUGGCUUCCCAGUAAGAUUAUUGCGGGGAUGGACACUGAGUAUGUUGCCAGUGCUGAAAGAGAAUAGCCUAUGCAGCUGCCAACACCUCAAACAUGUUGACACAGUUACGCCAACAUCCCCCAGUAUUCCUACCACCAGAACAAGACGGCAACGCAAACAAACAACGCAACUUCGUCUCCCCGCUGCAUUCAAGCAGCUCUUCGCAACUGAUUCUGACCGGGCCAAAAUAAAUAAAUGACAAGAGCGAUAGGUAUGUUUAUUGCCAUGGAAACGCGCCCAUUGUCGGUGGUUGAGAAGAAUAAGGCAUUUCAGCACUUCUUGAAAGUGCUCGAGCCACGUUACGAACUUCACCCACUCGCACCCAUUUCAGCAGAUGGGUAGUACCCACUCCAUAUAAGCAAGCUGAAACAGAAGUUGUCAAUAAAUAGGCCAAUGCACCCUGUGUUGUGCUUACUACAGAUGGAUGGACGGACCUCCCAGGGCUACGGAGAGCCUCUUAAGUGACAGCCCUUCACAUUACCCUCAACUGGGAAAUGAAAAGUACCGCGCUACAGACACGCCCCCUUUAUGAGAGUCACACAAGUGCACAUAUUUUUCUCUUUGUAAGAAAACCUUAUAGCAUAGGCUUAUACAAUGUCUGAGCCAUGUUUACAUGUUGAUUUCACACGCAUAUUGCACUUUAUUUUAGUGUUGUUGAGUAAUCAUGUGUUCUCAUUUAAGAAAAUGCAAAGUGUGGGUAUUCCUGAUACCCACACUUUGUAUUUUAUUAAAAAAACAAAAAUUAACUACAGUAACUGUUGACAUUUUCCAGCUGUACCAAAUCCGAACCGUAGCGUGACCCCAAAACCGGGUUCUGUGAACCGUUACACCCCUACUCAAGGUACCAUCCAAAGCCACCUUGUGACAGGAUGGCAUGUUAUUAAUGUGAUUCCUGUUUGUCUUUGUUCUACCUGUUCACCGCGACAGUUGUGAAUUUGUGCCUGGGUUGUUCUGGGAAUCCCAUGUUGCUCGAUGUUUAAGGGCAUAGAAACAAUAUUACAGGUGGGAGAGGAAGGAGCAUCUAUCAGAUUAAGAAUAUCAACAAGACCCUAGCCCACCUUUCUUUUCUAUGGCCAUGCUGGAAGAGUGUAGUGGCAUGGUGUCGUGAGAUGGGCGUGCUCCAAACUACAUGUCAGAGAGUGCUGGUCACAGCCAAUGGCAUGCCUUCUUUUUCCAGCAAAUUCUGUGACCGUUGGUCCAUUGGCAUAUAUGAAGACUGACUGCUGCUGUUGCAGGAUGUUGUGUGUUCCCCUAUACUGUAACUAAAGCGGUAAUCCCCAUUAAAAAUAAAUGAAGGAAUUCAUGGGGAAACAGGGUAGCUUGUCAGUUUAAACUUGAAUAUUUUCAAUCACAAGUAUGGUGCAGAUAAUCAAGCUCAAGUUUGUCCAGUCAAGACAUUUUCAAAACAAAGCCCAUCGUGCAUGUUGGUUUUUAUGUAAAUGUUAAAUGCAUUAGUUUGUCCUUUUUUAUGAUUCUUAUAGAAUCUGAAAUCAAGAAUAGUGUCAUGUUUUCUCUCUCAGACCUUCUCAUUAUUUGACUUCCUCUUUGUCAUGAAAGGUGCUUUGCGCCAACUGUUGCUGGUUGGACCCCUGAGUCUUAAAGAAGAACUGAAUCUCCUUGUGUGUGUGAUUUAUUUUAAGGUCUAUGUUUAUUGAUGCAUUUGUUCGCUGAGGUGAAAACUCCCCUGUCGAACAAAUACCUCCUAGAGGUUUUUCAUUAUAAAUACAACAACAUUUUGUCAAAGUUAAACAAGUGGAAAUGAUCAGCAUCACUUAAGUUGAUAAAAGUGACAUAAAAUAUAUCCAACAAAUAACCAUAAUGUAUAUCAGCUAAAGCCUCAACCGAAGCCAAUACAAAUGUGAAUUUCCUAUGCUUUAUUAUAACCAGCUACAAACAGCUCUUUGUAUUACAUGCCUGUACAGUUGAAGUCAGAAGUUUAUGUACACCUUAGCCAAGUACAUUUAAACUCAAUUGAGAUGUAAAAACUAUGGCCAUGCUGUCAAUGAAGCAUGCCAAUGUUGAAUGUUUUAUGAUUUUAAGCUUGGAAAAGACAUCCUUAAUCCCAGACUUGGGACCACACAGCCACUCCACUGAGUAGCAGGCUAGUGAUUGCUUUGCAAUGCUUGCAGUUAGGAUUUGCCAGUAGAUUGUUGACUUGAUUCAUAAUGAUGACUGCUAGCUAAGAUUUUGAAAGUAUGAUGUUGACAUGAUCCGUUCAAUCAAAGCUACUUUAGAUAAAAUUACGUCAGAUCACAUAUCUGUGGCCAAUGACCUCGAGCCUUCUUGGAUGGGCACUUCUAAUGUAACUCUAUGGCAGCACCCAAGGGGCUUGAAUUUUAGAGCUUUAACCUACCCUGACUACACAUUUAUUUUGCGUUGCAAAAUAAAUGUAGAAAUCUAUGUCAUUCAAUUAUUGCACCCACACUGCUCGUGCGUGUCAACGAGCGUCUGCGUUGCCAAGGGCUAAAGUAGAAGUCCUUUCUAUUUCUUUUUUUUAUUUUACCCCUUUUUUCUGCCCAAUUUCGUGAUAUCCAAUUGGUAGUUAGUCUUGUCUCAUCGCUGCAACUCCCGUACGGACUCAGGAGAGGCGAAGGUCGAGAGCCAUGCAUUCUCCUGGAAGGAGGAGAGAUGACUAGAAAUGAUUCGGUUGACUGUUAUGUGUGGAUUAAUUGUUGGCGUAGAGGACCUUGUGCAUUUCGGGUAAAAUAACAACUCAAUGUUUAUAUCCCAGGACAAAUUAGCUAGUAACAGCAAGCUAGCUAAAUAGGACAAAUUAGCAAGCAAGUGCAAGCUAACUAGCUAAAUUGCCAUACAUGUUUAAUGCUUUUCGACCUGUCCCCAAAUUAAUGUCAUUGGUUCAGAGUUUGUUUUGAUAUUUUAACCUGUGUGUCGUGAUCGCGUUUGGUGUAGUGUUAUAAUGCAUUUCAUGUAUUGUUUAGUUUUGUAGUGCCUUCGCUGGCAUGCAUCUAAACUAACAUCUUUGCCUCACCAAGAUUGACAUGCUAAAAUCGCCACUGAAAGUAGUCCUGGUGAAUAGUGUGCACAAAACAAUGGUUGUCUUCAUUUAUAUCUUUGGUCAUGCUGUACAAUACUGAACAUGCUGUAUUAUUGCAUCCAAAUUGAGUUUCAUUCAUAUUAAAUGAUUUAACUCUCACCUCA